AUGCAUUUACUCGCGAUGAAAUCCUUCUUCAUUUUUUCUUUGGUUUGCCUAUCAUUCGUCGAUGCUUCGAUGUCGACAAUUCGAAUCAAGGAUGGAGAAAAAUUCGUGUACGAGGAUGCUGCGGGUGCAAGUGGAAUCCAGCGUGAUGUGCCAAUGGGACACCAGAUAUUGCUUUUCAACGACACAUCUAAAUUUGUUAAGAAUAACGGUGGAAUGUGUGCCGACGAUUAUGAGAUCCUGCCCAACAAGACUUUCAUUAUUCACAAAAUCGAUAAAAUCGACGCUGGAUAUUACCAGCCGUAUCCAAACGGAAUCAUCUGGAAUGAGCGAGGAGAAGGAAAAUUAGGUCCCACGACGAAAGUUGAAGUAUAUUAA